AUGUUCUUAACUAAAAAUCGACCUGUACCUCGUCUUAGUACAACAAGUACUGGGCGUCGUUUAACAACAAUUUUUUUAAAACAUUCAAUUUCACGUGGUAGUACUGCUACGAGUAGUAUUGGUUCAAUAACAACACCAAAAACUGGUUCAAUUCUAUCUGAUUUCAAUGUAUUGGAUGAACAUGAUUAUGAAAUAACACGUCAAGUAAUGCAUGAUCUUAUUGAUGAAAUUCAAAUUGAAAAACCUUUUAUUAGUUUUAAUGAAAUGUUUAUUGAUCAAGAUACUAUUAUUGGUUGUUUAUUACGAAUAUUUAAUGAAUAUGGUAAAAAUAUCAAUGGAAUACAACGAAUAACACGUGAAAAUAUGUUAAAAUUAUUAGAUGAUUCAGAUCUAUUUGAUAAUGAAUAUACAUCAUCAAUAUUUAUAAAUGAUUGGAAUAAUUUACGUAAACAAAUGAUAAAAAAGAAAAUUUAUGAACGAAAAACAAAAGAUUUUGAUUUUUGUGGUUUUAUUCAAUUAAUCGAUAUCAUUAAAAUUCGUUUACAUAAAAGUAAAGAUGAAAUUUUAAAGAAAAUUAUAAGUUCAUCAAUUUAUAAUGAUGUUAUUAAAUUAAAAGAAAUUCAAGAUAAAAUUCAAUUAGGUUUAUUACCAUCAAUGACAACACUUAUUAAUCAAUAUAAUAAUAAUAAAUCGAUUAAAACAUUACAACAAAAUGAUGCAAUCUCAACACAAAUUGAAGAAAAACAACAAACAGAAGUAUUAUCAAAAGAUGUAGCAAAACUUAAAACAUUGCACAUGUUUGAAUCAUGGAUAAAACGUGAUGAACUUGAUAAAGAAUUCAUGAAUAAAUUAUUCGAAUUAUUUAAAUUAGCAUCUGAACAAUUUCAACAUGGUUUAAUUCAACAAAAUGUACUUAUUCAAUGGCUUCGUGCAUCACAUGUUAUUCCAAAUAUAUAUUCAGUGAAUAUUAUUGAAAGUAUUCUAUCGAGUGUUUCGGCUCGUUAUAUCAACGUUGGUCUAUAUAAAUUAGAUACAAAUACGUUUGAUUGGAAUGGUUUUCUGGAUUGUAUUCACCUUUUAGCAAAAGAAAUUCAUUUAUCAUUAAAUGAAUUUGUUAAAAAAAUGCUUAUAGCUGAUGAAUUUUCAUUUCAAACAUGGCGAACUGAAAUUGAAGCUAUUCCCGAAGUUGGUACUAAUAAAAAAUCAAAUCGUUCAUGGGAUGCUAAAAAAGUUCUUGCUGCUGUUAAUAUUAUGCGUGAUGUUGUUGAAGAAAGUCGUAAAUUACAUUUAACUGAUGAUGAACGUAAACGUUUACGUUCACUCUAUAAAGAAUUUGCUACAUUUGCAUAUCGUCGUCAAAGUUCACAUUUAGAAGCACGUUUAACAAAUUCUGUUUUAAGUAAUUGGAUGCGUGAAUGUCGAAUAUUCGAUGAUAAAUAUACAAUCAAUGAGCUUGAUAAAGAUUUUAUUUCAAUAUUAGGAGAUUUUACAUUAAAUGGUGUUUAUCCACAAGGCACACGUGAUAUUGAUUUCGAUGGUUUUCUUAUAUUAAUACAAACAAUUGCUUCACAUAAACAUAUUCGAGCAGAUGAUUUUGUUCAAAUGAUUUUUGCUGGACCACGUAGUCCAUUACAAAAAACAAGUGAAUUCAAUGAGCAUAUGGAUCGUACAAAAAUUCAGACAAGUCAAGGUAUUUGA